AUGGAGAUUCAACUAGCAACUGCUUCAAUAAAUAAUGAAGAUCAAAAUACUCAAAAGGAAGCAAACAUUUCAGGUGGAAAAGAAAAGAAAAAUGAUGAGUUGGUAAUUGAAAUUAGAGAAAUAGUCGAAAGGCCGGAGAUUCAGUCAUCAACCCGGUGUCGUAUCUACAAGGUUCCUCAUCACCUUCGAAAAUGGAAGCAAGCAGCCUACACUCCUCAGGUAGUUUCAAUUGGCCCAUUUCACCACAAAAACAAAAGAUUGAAGGCCAUGGAAGAGCAUAAAGAGAGAUACUUUAGGAGUUUCGUGAAACAGAGUAAGAUAAACUCGGAGUAUUUAAUAGGCAUAAUAAGGGAAAUGGAAGAAAGCAUUCGCGGGUGCUAUGAAGAGACUAUUGACCUUAAUAGUGAUAGGUUUGUGAAAAUGAUUUUGGUGGAUGCGUGCUUCAUUCUUGAGCUUUUCAUCAGAUGUAGUUCAAGAAGUCUGACAAGUGAUGAUCCUAUGGCUGUGGAACCAAGGGCUACUGCUGUGAUGUUUGACUUGCUAUUACUUGAAAAUCAGCUUCCAUUCUUUGUUAUUGAGAAGCUACACCAACUUGCAUUUCCAUCUCUCUCAAACAAUGCUUUUCUUGAGCUUCCUUUUAACCACUUUGGGCGCUUUGGGGGCUUCAACAUUCAAUCCAUACCGGCCCAUCCCAAUGUGAAAAUAGAACACUUCACCGAUCUUCUUAGAACCUUCCAGAUACCUCCACCAGAGAAGCGACCAAAAAGAGGCAAUCUACAGAAUGACCUUUUGUACACUGCAACACAACUCUACGAGGCAGGAGUAGAGUUCCAGGUUGUUGAAAGUGAAUGCCGUUUUGACAUAAAAUUUGAAAAAGGAGUGUUGAAAAUCCCCAAGUUAGAAUUAGACGAUUGGACUGAAGUUGUUGCUCGAAACAUUAUGGCAUUAGAGCAAACUCGCUAUAUAGGAGAUACAUAUUUUACAGAUUACAUUUGCUUGAUGGAUUCACUUAUCAGCGACAACAAUGCAGCAAAUUCCAUGAUUAACAAUCUUAACAAAGGAAUCAUGUGGAUAAAGGUAAGACAUGAUUACAUUGAUCUCUAUAAUAAAUUUAAUAGUUUCUAUGAGAAUCUUUGGCACAAAAGGAAGGCAACAUUAAAACGUGAAUAUUUUAGCACCCCUUGGAGAGGCGCUUCAACAGUGGCUGCUAUUAUUCUUUUGGUGCUCACUUUUAUACAAACAGCAUGUUCUAUCUUCAAGUAG